AUGGACUUGGACGAUGCAAAGCCGCCGCCGGUUUCCACAAUGUACACUGUUCCUCCUCCUCAUGAUGCUAAUGGCAAUGUGAACAUGGAUACUCAUGCUACGCAACUAAAUGCAGGAGAUCAAGUUGUUCGUGAAAUCGAUGUUUUGCAUACAUCUUCGGCUGAUGUCAAUUCCAAGCUAUACGUUUUGCAAUAUCCUUUAAGGCAACAAUGGCGGCCACACAAUCUACAGGAGAGGUGUAAGAAGGUUAAAUUGAAUCCACAAACUGCUGAAGUGAAGAUUGAUCUUAAUGUCGAUGGUGACAAAGCAAUGGCAAACCAGGUAUUGUCAACUUCAUGGAAGCCACCAUCAAUAGCUGAUUAUGCUGUAGGGAUUCUGAAGGGCAAUGAGUUGCACCUUAAAUAUGUUAAUGCAGUUGUUAAGCUCCGACCAUCAAUGCAACAUCUUAAGCCGUUGAAGAAGAUGAACACUAGUCAUGCUGAGGUGGACAUGAUCGAUUCAGAAGACAUCAAGGAGGAAAAGGAUAUAAAACAAAGGAAGCUAAACGAGCAAAACGAGGACACUAAAGAGGAGUUGAUUUCUCUCAAAUACCAUGGUGAGUCAAGUCAAUUGUCACAUAGAACCAUGCAAAAUAUGGUUAAAGCACAAGAAGCUUCCUCUCAAAUACAAUUUUCCAUCAAUGCUCUAUCUGUAAGUGCUUUGCUCAAACUUCCUCUUGAAGAACGUUAUAAGACUAUGCUAUCUGAGGGGCGUCCACUACAAUUUAAUACUUUUAAACACAUAGCUCCGGAUUCUAAUGUUGAAGAUAUAUUUAAAGUCCUACAGAGUCAUGCUCAAUUAGUACAAGGAUUAUGGGUUUCAAAAUGCAAACUUAAAUAUGAUGAAGAUGGAGGAAAAAAUGUAUUAAUCAGAGAUUACAUGAUGCUUCUAUUUAGCAAAAAUCCUAUUGUUCGUGACACACAGUUACCCGAAGCACCUGAAAAAAUGAAAGACAUAUUGCAUAAAUUUGCUUCAAGAAGGGAGUGCUUCAAGGAUUGGAAAUUUAAAGAACUUAGAGAUGAUUUAUUUAUAAAGGAAUACCCAAAUAUUGUUGAGGAACAAAAAAAGAUUUGGGAUCACAUGGAACCACAACUAAUUGAGUGUUUAAUUUCCAAAAAUUUGAAACAUGGUAUUGAUCAUAUGCGGACUACAUUAACUAUUAAUAAUAAUAAUAAUAAUAAUAAAAAUAAUGUUGAAACAAAAACCACAAGUGUCUCAACACCUUCAAGAGGAGUGAAACUGGAUGAAACCCAAGAAGCUUUAAUAAAGGUUUUCAAAUAUCAAAAGCAUAUUACUUUCACUUUUCUUUAUAAAAACCAAUUGGGAAGAAUUUUCAAAAAAUAUUUUCUAAUAGAAAAAAAAAGUACGAUGAUCUUGAACAAAAUUCAUCAAAGAUUGCGUGUCAUGAAUGUAAAUACUUCUCAAGAGGAGCUUCUGAAAACUUUAAAUCAAGUUGCUGUUAACAUACAUGGUGUCUUUGUUUCCAAAUCAUCCUCAGAUCACCCUCAAUAUGAUGAUUUCAGGAAUGUUGUGAUCAACCUGUUAGUUGCUCAAGGACCGAAAGCAAGGCUGAGAAGGGGGUCCAUUGAAGCAGCUGCAAGUAUGCAACUGAAAAGGGUUCCAAAUAACACCGAGUUUAGAAAGGUAAUAACUGAGAUGUGCACUUCUCAAAGUUCUAGAUGGGUCUUGAAGAGCGGGGACUGA